CCUUUUUUCCCAACCGAAGCUCAGACAGUUCCAACCUUUUGCUGGCUGCUGCUGCUGCUGCUUCUUCUUCUUCUUCUUCUUCUUCUUCUUCUUCUGCUGCUGCUGUUUAAACCACUACCACCAAUGGAUGUGAGGGCACAUUCUUCACAACCCUUGAACUUUCUGUUGUUGAUCUUGAAACUUUCUUGCACUGUCAUUCCUUUUUGCUUUAGCUCUUCUUAUGUUGUUGGGUAAAUUUCUUUUACAGGAGUAUUACUGUAGGAAGAGCGGGCAGAUACCAGCAUUUGGUGACUGGGACCAUGCAAACGAGCUACCAAUAACUCAGUACUUUGAGUGUGCAAGGCAACCUGGCUUGCUCCGAUUCAGCUCUUCUUCCGGAGAAUCUGAUCGCGCUCGUAAGAGCGGGGACUUGUAUGCGGUCGCUGCUGCUGAUGAGCACAAGUUCUCUCGCUCCAUGGCUCCUCAUAGAAAGGCGAGAACCAGAGAGAAGCGGAACGUGCAACUGAAGGAGCAGAGAAAAACAGGGAGAGUCGUUUGUGAGAUGAAGGAACCUCCGAGGAAGCAACACCUCCUGUCACAGUCGCAACUUAAUGCCCAUAGCCAUCAUCAUCAUCAUCUUGAGUUGCCCAUGAAGUUGAAGCCAUCAAAACCCAAAGCUGUUGAUGAAGAUCUCUACAAGAUCCCUCCUCAUCUUCUUCACACUACCAAGAGGAAAAAGGUGCUGGGAUUUUUCUCAAGGUGUCUGGUCCCAGCUUGUACUGCCUAGAGUUUGACAACAGAUGACUUGCAAUAUUCUCUGUCCAAAAGAGACGCCAUGCAAAUGUUGGAUUGGCAAGCUCUAGCUGCAUUGAGGCUAAAACUUGGGACCACUUCAUUCAACCGAAAAUGAAAACUUGAGUCUUGUAUGAUUUGAAGUAAGCUAGUCAAGACCAAAUGAUAUCAAUGUAGAAUUCUCAGUUUGGAUCUUAAACAGUGCUCUGUCUUGACCAUCUUUUGCUGUUUUUUUCAUGGGGUAAAAGGAGAAUUUUGCCCAGGGUGUUUAUGACUUUCCGUUUUUUCCUUUUCAUUCCUGAGGACGUAACUGGAAU